CAGUGUGAUUUUUCUUGUGUGUGGCUAAAAUGCUUGAAUAUGCACUCUGACGAAUUAAAGAAAUAGAAAAUGUUUCAUAAUUAAAGAUUCAGAGUUGUGUAUUGAUAUGUAAACGGGUAAUUUUUGAAGUAAAGAACAAACAAAUUAAAAAAAUUAUUUUAAGCAAAUGUGCAAAAAAUACAAACUACUCGAUCUAACAACAGAAAAAUUAUAGGAAAACCAGAAAGAGCAACAAAAGCGGUUGAAGCGGAAAAAUGUUCCUUAUAUUUUAGAAACGGGCUCAAGCAACUACAGCUAUAUUGAAGAAAUGAAUGAAUAAUUGACGCCAUAUAUGCACCAACGGUACCGUUAAAUAUACCUGGAUAUAUAAAUAUUAGUUGCGGCCGCCAAUUGAACAGCAAAUGCAGCAGCAACAAUAGUUCGUCUAAUAGCAAUAUAUACAAUAGAUCUGCAGGGAUUCUGUAAAAAGGAUUAAUUUUAAGCAAAAAAGAAACCAACCCACAAUAAAAAUAAAGAACAAUAUUCUCCUAAUGAUACUGCAUUCGAGAAUAUCGACUACAAGGAAAUACCAACUUUUGAUACGAGUUUCCUUAAGUUUCUGAAAUCUUCAACACCAAAAUAUAUUUUAAUUGAUGUUUACGGAUUUUUUUAAAUAGGAUCAUACAAAGAAGGAGAAACGGUACCUAUCGUUGGUUGCAACUGGACAAACAUAAAGUUCGAAAAGCAAAAUAAAUAAAAAUAAAAAAUUUUAGCUUGAGAAAAGAGGCGCUCAACCAAAAUAAAAGAAUUUGUGGGAAUACAAUCGUAUGUGAACAUUUCCAUGUGAAAAUAAAACGAAGUUAAUUUCAAAAUUUACUUCAAAAUCUUUUGCCAUACAAAGAUAAUUGGACAGGAGCAUAUGUGUUGUGCCGCAACAUUGAUUGUUGCGCUAACGGAAGUCACACACGACGACACACACCUAUCGAGAAGGUGGUGGCGGCAAAGGAACUUGGCAAGCAUUUGAAAUUAUCAUCUGCUCCAACAUUAUUGACUACAAAAUAGGCAAGCAAAGCACGCCGGCGGCUACAUUGAGGCAGGCUAUAGCACGAGCGUUUCGCCACAAAGCUUUUACUUUAAAUAACGAACAACAUUAACAACAAAUCCAGUCCAGUAGUAGUACAUAGACUAGAGUGUGUGGUUAAGGGUGCGGCGUAAGCAGCCAAAAAUUUAGCUAGUAUGGAGUGCUGUUUAUCGGAGGAGGCGAAGGAACAGAAGCGCAUUAAUCAGGAAAUCGAACGGCAGUUGCGUCGAGACAAACGCGAUGCGCGAAGGGAACUCAAACUAUUGCUGCUCGGCACUGGUGAAUCCGGCAAAUCGACAUUCAUCAAACAGAUGCGUAUUAUUCACGGCAGCGGUUACUCCGACGAAGACAAACGGGGUUACAUUAAAUUAGUCUAUCAAAAUAUAUUCAUGGCCAUGCAGUCGAUGAUCAAGGCCAUGGAUAUGUUAAAAAUUUCGUAUGGCAAAGACGAGCACGGUGAAUUUGGCGAACUGGUGAUGAGUAUCGAUUACGAAACGGUCACAUCAUUCGAAGAUCCAUAUUUGUCCGCCAUUAAAACACUGUGGGCGGAUACUGGCAUACAAGAAUGUUACGAUAGACGAAGAGAAUAUCAACUCACAGAUUCGGCAAAAUAUUAUCUGAUGGAUCUCGAUCGUGUGGCUCAACCAGAUUAUUUACCAACCGAACAAGAUAUUUUGAGAGUUCGUGUGCCGACAACGGGGAUCAUUGAGUAUCCCUUUGAUUUAGAAGAAAUUCGAUUUAGCUAUCUCAGCGAUCUUGAUCGUAUUGAAAAAGAGGAUUACCUACCCAGCGAGCAGGAUAUUUUGCGUGCUCGUGUGCCCACCACAGGGAUACUUGAAUAUCCAUUCGAUUUGGACGGUAUCGUAUUUAGAAUGGUGGACGUGGGUGGUCAGCGUUCCGAGAGAAGAAAAUGGAUUCAUUGCUUUGAGAAUGUGACUUCAAUCAUAUUUUUGGUUGCGCUAUCGGAAUACGAUCAAAUUUUAUUCGAAUCUGAUAAUGAGAAUCGUAUGGAAGAAUCAAAAGCUUUAUUUAGAACUAUUAUUACGUAUCCGUGGUUCCAAAAUUCAUCAGUUAUUCUCUUCUUAAAUAAGAAAGACUUAUUAGAGGAAAAAAUCAUGUAUUCGCAUUUGGUAGAUUACUUUCCCGAAUAUGAUGGUCCACAAAGGGAUGCGAUUGCCGCCCGUGAAUUCAUACUUCGUAUGUUUGUAGACCUUAAUCCAGAUUCCGAAAAAAUCAUCUAUUCUCAUUUCACCUGUGCUACGGAUACCGAAAACAUUAAGCUCGUAUUCUGCGCCGUCAAGGAUACUAUCAUGCAGAAUGCUCUCAAGGAAUUCAAUUUGGGUUAAGCAACUUCACCGAACACAACUGAACGGAACGCGCGUCCUCAUCUCUCUAACCCGUCUACCUAGCUACUUACAUGCAUAUAGUUAGCCAACGCAUCAACUUAUAACUGUUUCGCUUCUUUAUACUACGAUUUUAUUAAUACACAUUGGCUUAUAAUAAAUAAAUAAUAAUAAACAAAUAAGAAAGGCAAAAGCAAGACUUGAUUUCUAAAAAAAAAAAACACAUACAUACAUAUAUAGGCAAUAAUAUUGUAAUAAUGUUUAGGCAAAGUGUAAACUCUUUUGUUUAAGUACUCGUCAAUAAAACAAAUUCCUAAAAGUUG